ACAGAGUUUCUUGACUGAUAGGCCUAUGACCAUCACAUUAUGAUGUCCACAUUUUUUCUUCUAGCUGGCUUUUCCCUGGCAUUGUGUCACUUUGGAUGGGCCUCCCAACUGGCAUGCUACUUCACAAACUGGUCUCAGUACAGACCUGAUGUUGGCAAGUACAUGCCAGAAAAUGUGGAUCCACAUCUGUGCACUCAUUUAAUUUAUGCGUUUUCCGUUAUUAAUAAGGCAAAUGAGUUGACCACUUUUGAAUGGAAUGAUGAAUCUCUCUUCAAAUCUUUCAAUAGACUAAAGGAAAGAAAUCCCAGCUUGAAAACUCUCUUGGCUGUCGGAGGAUGGAACUUUGGCACAGAACAGUUUAGUAUCGUGGUGUCCACAUCAGCAAACAGGCGGACGUUUAUUCAGUCCUCCAUCACAUUUCUGAGGAAACAUGGCUUUGAUGGUCUGGAUCUGGACUGGGAGUAUCCGGGUUCCCGUGGAAGUCCUUCAGAAGACAAGCAAAGGUUCACUCUGCUCUGCAAGGAGCUCUUGGAAGCUUACGAGGCAGAGAGUGCUGCCACUGGACGCCCCAGACUCAUGCUCACUGCUGCAGUGGCUGCUGGGAAAGGAACCAUUGAUGCUGGUUAUGAAAUUGCAGAAAUUGCCAAGUGUUUGGACUUCAUUAAUGUGAUGACCUAUGACUUCCACGGCUCAUGGGAAAGUGUCACCGGGCACAACAGUCCUCUGUACCGUGGCUCUGGAGACACAGGAGACAAUCUCAACUUCAAUACUACUGCCACCAUCAGCAGGUUCAAACAUCCCGACCAGUCAAAUGCAACAGCACAGUCAACCUAUGGCUCGAGUUUGGGACCAUUUUUCAACAAUGGCCUUUCUUCUUAUGAAGACUGCCACCAUCAGCAGGUUCAAAAACCUGAAAGCGCUACAUGGAAGACACAAAGGGAAAGUGUGAAGCGUCUAGCUGCCUACCGAGAGCACAGAUCACGGCUCAUUAUCACCCCCAUCUGA